GUGAUUUAUCAUCAAAUUUCACUUCUCUAUAGUGGCUUCGGCGUUUAGCUCCAUCGUGGUUUCGAACCUGGCUCAUUUUUGCGGAUCCCCUAUACGUUGCUUGAUCGUUCUCUUUAAAACAAAUCACAAAAUGUCUUCGCCAAUCCAGCUAUCCGCUCCCAGUCGCAUCACUGCUUCCAACCUCCCUCUUCUAGAGGCCAGCAGCUCCUCGAAGCCGCACUCAGAACCCGGCGUAGAAGUCCGCGUUGAUAAACUCGAGCCAGAACCUAUUCUGGGAGGCGAGUUAAAAAGGGCUAGAGUGGCAUCUAGCAAGAAACUGCCAACUAGCAACGAUGGACAUGGUAAUUUGGAAUUAGACCCUGUGCCGGGAUUUGGAAUCGUGCUUCCGGGUGGUCUUAAUAUGUACUACCUAGACAUUGCCCCCAAUACGGAGGGCGUAGUGCACCGUACGACAUCUACGGAUUAUCUUGUCGUGUUGAGUGGGACUUUAAGCCUCAUUACCCCCCCUGGCUCAUUUGAUGUGGUCAACGGGCGUGGUACGUACGGCGAGCUUGUCGAAACGCUGUGCAAGCCAGGUGAUGUCGUACUUCAGCGCGGAAUAAUGCAUGCCCUAUCGAACCGUACCAAUGAAUGGGUCCGUAUCAUCGGCAUGGUCGUGGCUUCGGAGACCAACCGUGUGCCUACCGUGGGAUCGGGUCACGGGGACCAGCCAAAGACUAUCGUCUUAAACGACGAAUGGCUUCAGUAGGCCAAUCGGGGUGUUAUCGGCCGGCAGGUGGACGGCGCGGCUAUGGUAGCCAUUCUAUUUCUCACUCAUCUUCAAGUCAUCCCGCGUGAUGGUGUAACUAAAAAGCCACCAACUCGCGCAUCUUGCUCGGUUACAUGAGGCUCGAAGCGUGUAAAGCAGCCAAUCACCGAAGGAGACACUCCCUAGGUUACCAUGAGCCGCAUCGUUGACUACCGGUGUUACCAUAUAUGAUCCUCAUGGGUCGCUUAUUUUCGUUCGCUUUCGCUUAUGUGGUUACAUGGAGUUUAGAUUUAUAGUCUUGUUAGAAUUGUUUGCGGCUGAGGUCUCCGCCGCAGAACUUGAUAUUCCCAUUGUCCACCCAACGCCGAAUGCACUACGUAUAACCAAAAGACUACCAAGUCUAUUCGUACUACCUACGUAUUCAAAUUAAGUGACACUAUACCUAAUAUCCUAUCUUGCGAUU